AUGCAGAUUCUGGAUUCCGAUGCGAAUCCCGGCGGGCUCUCUGGCUCGGGUGUAGUCGUCCAUGCCUUGCGAGGGCGUUUCAACACCGUCGCCAGCCUGCAGAGUUCCGAGCCGAGCCUUCACCGCUUCGCCGCGGCAUCGAGCGACUUUUCGGCGUCCAACCGGAUCGUGGUUGUGUGUUAUGACGAGAACAAGGGCGCGGUGUCUCAGGUGGCACGCUCGCCUCCGCUUCAACCGGUGAAGCAACUGCUCGACAUCUCCAACUCGGCAGACAGUCUUCGGUUCGUGCUCUCUGUGCGCGACAUAGAAGCCAAUGAAUCCGUCGUGAGGGUUGUGGACUUCGACACCGGCUCGCCUUCGUCGAUCGUCGUUUCCGCGAGCUCAGGUCCACUAGAGAGCAUAAUCAGAGCAAUCGAUUUCGACCCGUGCACGAUCCAGAGUCCAGAUUUGCGAGUGGCUGUCGUCCAUCCGGGCCUCGCAGUGCUCCUUCAGCAACGCGGCUCAACCCUCGAAUCCAUAUGCCGUUUCCAACCACCCAAGGUCGACUACACCACGAGGCUGAUAGAUCCCCUGGACACGUACAAGGACCGGUUCAUUACGGGCAAGUUCGACCUGCAUCAUCGGGACCUCUUCGCAUGUGCGAGUGGUGAGGGAUUCCACAUCCUGGAUUGGCGUCAGGCAGGUGAAUCGCCGGUGGCAGUGCGUAACGGCCAGUGCCAUUUCGCCGACGUGUUGGAUAUCGCCUUCAACCCGAACGUGCCUAAUCAGCUGGUUACCGCCGGCGAGGACGGUAAGGUCGCGUUCUGGGACCUACGCGCCACCUACGAGCCGCUAAACGUGCUAUCGGGCGACCACAAGAGCUGUAUUCAGUACGUCAGGUUCAACUCCUUCCAUGACCAGUUGAUACUGACUGGCGGGCCGAGCGCUACCGUGUUGCACUUGUGCGGCAGCGGCACCCACAGCGUCCACCAGUGCUCAGCCCCCAGCCGGUUGGGAUGCUGGAGCAGCAACGACGCUUGGCAUUUCGCCUCGCUUUCGGGAAACAACCUGGUGUUCGAGACGCUGCCCAACGCGGUCAAGUACAAGCUGCUGUUAUGA